AUAAAAAACGUCAAAGUCAGGAGUUUUUGGAAUUGUUUUGAUUUUUGUGAAAAUAAUUUAUUUAAUUUAGAUUAGUUUAAUUUAAAAUGAACAUUGAUAAAGUUAUCAAUGCAAAAAAUGAAAUCGCUGUGUAUGAACAGGGAGAAGAUUGUAGGGAGAGACUAAGAAGAACUCCAGAAAUAAAUACACCGUCUAGGAAAAUUUCAUCAUCUAGAAUAAUAAAUGCAUUUUCUCAAUUUUAUAAUGGGAGUAUGAUUAAUUCUACAAAUGAAGAAGGAGAUGGGGUAUCGCCUUCUGGGCGCACUCCAACAAGAGGAAUGGAGACCAAACUUAUGUCAAUGUGGCACAAUGUAAAAUAUGGUUGGAGCGGUAAAAUUCGUUCAAAUUUUUCAAAAGAGCAGCCCAUUUGGCUACUUGGUAGAUGUUAUCAUCGAAAAUCUACACCUAACUCCUCAAUGGAAAAUUCAGCAGAAUUUUCAAAUCAAAUUGAAAAUAGAACAAACGAUGGAGGACCGGAAGAAACAGUAAUACAAGAAUUUGGCAUGGAUGUUAUGGAAAGUGAAAAUAGCGAAAACCCUUGGGAAGAAGGGAUUGAAGGGUUUCGGAAAGAUUUUUUUAGCAGACUUUGGAUGACAUACAGAAGAGAGUUUCAAACUAUGAAUGGUUCCGAUUACACUUCUGAUUGUGGGUGGGGUUGUAUGCUUAGAAGUGGACAAAUGCUUUUAGCUCAAGGUUUAGUGUGUCAUUUCCUAGGCAGAAGUUGGCGUUGGGAUCCCGAAACUCAGAUAAAUACUACAUAUGAGGAUCAUAUGCACAGAAAAAUUAUACGUUGGUUCGGUGAUAGUUCAUCAAAAAAUAACCCAUUUUCAAUUCAUACGUUAUGCAGUUUAGGUCAAGAGAUGGGAAAAAAACCUGGAGACUGGUACGGUCCCUCUUCAGUAUCACAUCUUUUAAGACAAGCUGUUGACCAAGCAAGGCAAGAAAACGCUGAUUUCGAUAACUUAGUUUUAUAUGUCGCAAAAGAUUGCACAAUAUACAUACAAGAUGUAUUAGAUCAAUGUCUAGUCCCAGAUAAACAUGUGUAUCCAAACGUUCCUUGGCAAACAUCGAAAAAUAAUUUUCCAGCAAAAAAUGUAGCGUCAUCCAGCUCUAAUGCAUCCCAAUUACACUGGAAAUCUUUAAUUAUUCUAGUUCCUUUAAGAUUGGGGGCAGAAAAAUUAAAUGCUGUCUACGCACAUUGCUUGAAAUUGCUACUUAGUGUUGAGCAUUGUAUUGGUAUAAUCGGCGGAAGACCAAAACAUUCUUUAUAUUUUAUAGGUUUUCAAGAAGAUAAAAUGAUUCAUUUGGACCCACAUUACUGUCAAGAAGUAGUAGAUGUUAGUCAAGACAAUUUUCCAGCAAAUUCUUUUCAUUGCAAGUCUCCUAGGAAAUUAAAGGCCUCAAAAAUGGAUCCUAGUUGUUGUGUAGGGUUUUAUUGCCAAACAAAAUCAGAUUUCGAUAAUUUUAUUACAAGUGUUCAACCGUACUUACAUCCAUUUAGAUUUGCGUCAAAUAUAGAAAGACUUCAAACUGAUGAAAAUUCUAUACCAAACAGUAUUGAUGUAAAUUAUCCUAUUUUUUCAUUUUCUAAAGGAAAAAGUUGUGAACAAGAAAAAAAUAGCCCACCAGAAUCUGUAUAUAAACCUUUGCAAGAACAAUUAGCUCAAUUGAGACUAGAAUUAUGCACUGAUGAUGAUGACAAUGAUGAAACCGAAGAAUUCGUUAUUCUGUAACAAUUUAGUUUUGAACGAGAAAUAAAAUAAUAUUUAACUGUAAUCGAAUAUUAGAUAAGAAAUUUAUAUAAAAUAAUAUAAAACAAAAUGUAUUGUAUCGUGAUAAUGUUUUAUUUAUAAGAAUAGAAUAAGCUAACAAAUAAAUAGCUAUAGUAUGCGAGUGUAUGUUCUGUAUAAAACUGUUUUGUUUUCGAUCUCUUUAUUGUAAUUCUCACUGUAAUGUAUUCUAAAAAUAAAUAAUAAGUAUUAUUUAUGA